AUGCGCGCCUCCCAGCAUCCCCUCCCUGCAUCCUCUCAGCUCUCUGCGUCACAGGCGCAAGUUCUCCUUGUCGCUCGAGCUCUUCAUUCUGAACCCGCGCGCCAGUCCAGCAAUUCAGCAACUCCCUGUCAGACUUCCUUUGAAAAUUUGGCUGAAGAUUUCUUUACAACAUCGGACUUGCAGUUUGAUUCAUUCGAAUUAUUGUCCUGGACUUCGUUCCCAGAGUUGGAAUAAAUAAAGCAACGGUGACAAAUAGGCCUACCUUUAGUUUUGGUAUGGAAUAGUGAUGUAUCGUUGAAGGGGGAAUACACCACCUUUCUAGAAGAAGUUUCUUAAUACAUGUUUGCGCGGGGACGGUCCAUCGUGUCUGUCGAGCGAUGGCAAAAGCGUUUUCUGUAAUUUAUUUGGUGUAUACUGUCCUUGGAUUUAGCAGGAUAAGUGCUUUGGAGCUCAGAUUCACAUCUGACCCCCCCAAACUGAGUAUCGAGGAGAGCGUCCACAGAAUCAAUGCAAACGACACCUUUGAGAUCACUUGCAGAGGUCAGCAGGUCCUGGAGUGGCUCACCCCCUUCAGUAAGAGCCAGGCAGAGAGCCGUCUAUCAUUCGUGGACUGCAGUGGGGACGGCCUCUUCUGCAGCACACUGCUCCUCAACCCGGCCACAGCCAAUGAGACGGGCCGCUACCGCUGCGCCUUCAAGAACCAGCCCGUGGAGGACGGGAAGACGUCGGCGUCUGUAUAUGUGUUCGUCCAAGACUACAGGUCCCCGUUUGUGCGAUCGGCCCAGCCCUACGACCCCUAUGUGGUCUUCAUCCGGGAGGGGGAGCAGGUGGUCAUCCCCUGCGUGGGCUCCGUGGAGGACAUCAAUGUCACUCUGUCCCUGAGGUACCCGGUGCGGGAGCUGAAGCCGGACGGGAAGAGGGUGUACUGGGACAGCAUGAGGGGCUUCGUCCUGCCCAGCCACCUCAUCAGCUUCGCCAACCUGGUCUGCUGCGAGACGCACAUCGGCAACGAGACCUUCUCUUCCUCCCUCUACAUCAUCGCAGUUGUGGGAUACAAGAUCUAUGACCUCACGGCGACGGCGGGCCAGGAUCGGCUGAACGCAGGGGAGAGGCUGGUGAUCAACUGCACGGCCGAGACCGAGCUGAACGUGGCCCUCAACUACACGUGGAAGUUUCCACAGGGCCAGGUCCAUUCCAUGAACAAUUCCCAGUCUCGCGUCAAGCUGCAGUCCCACAAGAAGAAGCUGUGGAACUCCCUGGUGCUCUCCAACACAUUCAUCAUCGAGAACAUGACUGUCAACGACGAGGGGACAUACACAUGCACUGCCUCCAGUGGAGGAAUGACCAAGAGCGCCAGUACCUCCAUUACAGUCUAUGCAAAGCCCUUUAUUGAAAUGAGUGAAAACAUGGUGACCACUGUGGAGGUGUAUGGCAAGGAGAAAGCAACACUGCCUCUGACGUACAACUCCUACCCAGAUCCCUCAGUCAAAUGGUAUAAGAACAACCAUCAAAUCAGAAAAGAUGACAACUACAGGAUUCGGCCAGGUAAAGACAGCCUGACCAUUCAGGAUGUGAUGGAGGAGGAUGCAGGAAACUACACAGUGGUCCUGACCAACAGAGUCACCAGAGAGGAGCAUAGGCACACCUUCAGACUGCUGGUCAAUGUUCCUCCUCGCAUCUUUGAGAAGGAGAUCUCCAUGCACCUGGAGCCCCACAUGUACGGCAGUAGCCCCUCCCUCAGGUGCACGUCCAGCGGCGGCCACUCCCCCGUCCACAUCCAAUGGCAGUGGAUGCACAAGGACGAUUGCCCAAUCCUCUUCCAGCAAGGACAGGCUUGGCCAGUGACCCAUCUGAGCGGGUGCACGAGGUGGAAGGACAUCAUUAACGGCACGUCUGUCAACCACGUCAGCAGCCCCAGCACCAUCACUGACACCAAGACGGUGAGUACCCUAAAGAUCCAGAGGGCUGAGGAGCAUGCUCUCUACAGGUGCAUCGCCACCAACAAAGGUGGAAUGGAUGAGCACAUCAUCGUCUUCCAGGUCACACGUGGCCUGGACCUGAGUCUGAACACCUCCUCCGACCCCGUGGAGCAGGACAACGUGGCCCUGCGCUGCACCGCCGACCGGCUGCUCUACAGCAACCUCACCUGGUACCGAGUGCAGAGCAAGAACAUGUCCAGCACUACUCCCGUACUGGAGGCCCAGUCCCUUCCAGCGGCCACCCAGCCCUGCAGCAGCCUGCCCCAGCCCUUGGUGCCCCUGCAGCAGGCUGCUCCCAUCAGGGAGCAGGGGGGCAACAUCACCCUGGAGCUGGUGCUGACCAACACCUCCAGGGAGGACGAGGGCCUGUACGUGUGCCGCGUGGAGAGCCUUACCAACAGGCUGCUGGGCACAUGCCUGCUGCGCUACCUCUCCGUCAGAGCCCUGGAGCCUGCCAGAAUCACCAGUGUGCUCAGCGACCAAAAGGUGAACACGAGCGAGUCCACCACACUGACCUGCGAGGUAAGAGGGACCCCAACACCAACCAUCAUCUGGACCAAGAACAACCAGACUGUGGAGGAGGGAUCUGGAGUGCUUCUGGAGCAGUCCAACAGCACCUUGACCAUCCUGCGGGUAAAGAAGGAUGACAGUGGCCUGUACAUCUGCAGUGCCUGCAACAGCCAAGGCUGCGAUGUCGACCAGGCCUUCCUCAGCGUAGAGGGUGCUGAGGAGAAGAUGAAUGUGGAGCUGAUCGUGCCCAUCGGGGCCGUGGUCAUCGCCAUCUUCUUCUGGAUCCUCAUCGUCUUCGUCAUACGCAACCGCAAACGGCCGAUUGAUGGUGACCUGAAAACUGGCUACCUGUCCAUGAUCCUGGACGAUGACGACAUGCCCAUGGAUGAGCACUGCGAGAGGCUCACCUACGAUGCCAGCAAGUGGGAGUUUCCCAGGGACAGGCUGAAGCUAGGAGAGCCUCUGGGUCGAGGGGCCUUUGGCCAAGUGGUGGAGGCGUCGGCGUACGGCAUUGAGAAGGUCACCACCUGCACCACCGUGGCUGUCAAAAUGCUCAAAGAGGGCGCCACUGGGAGUGAAUACCAGGCCCUCAUGUCUGAGCUGAAGAUCCUCAUCCACAUCGGCCAUCAUCUCAACGUAGUCAACCUGCUUGGAGCAUGCACAAAACAAGGAGGGCCCUUGAUGGUGAUCGUAGAAUACUGUAUGCAUGGUAACCUCUCCAGCUACUUGAAGAGCAAGCGGGAGGAGUACAGUCCCUUCAAGAGGCGAGGCAGGGCUAACACCUGGCAGGGCCGUGGCCAGGUGUUGGAGGAGGACUUCAACCAGGGUGACCUAGGCCUGGGGGCCAGCGCCCGACUGGACAUCUGUACCGGCACCGCCUCCUGCUCACGCCAGGACUGGGCCGAGAGCUGCCUGGAGGAACAAGAGAUCCAAGACUAUGACCAUCUGGCCCUGGAGGACCUCAUCAGCUACAGCUUCCAGGUGGCCAAGGGCAUGGAGUUCCUCGCUUCCAGAAAGUGUAUUCAUCGGGACCUGGCCGCUCGCAACAUCCUGCUCUCGGAAAAUAACGUGGUGAAAAUCUGCGACUUUGGCCUGGCCAGAGACGUCUACAAGGACCCUGACUAUGUCCGCAAGGGAGAUGCCCGUCUCCCUCUGAAGUGGAUGGCACCGGAGACCAUUUUCGACCGCGUCUACACCACGCAGAGUGACGUGUGGUCUUUCGGUGUUCUACUCUGGGAAAUCUUCUCUUUGGGGGCGUCCCCUUACCCUGGAGUGUCCAUUGAUGAGUCCUUCUGCCGGAGACUCAAGGAGGGAACAAGGAUGAGGGCACCUGACUACGCAACACCAGAGAUAUACCAGACCAUGCUGGACUGCUGGCUGGACCGGCCCACUGAUAGGCCCACCUUCACUGAGCUGGUGGAGCACCUGGGGAACCUCCUGCAAGCCAUGGCCCAUCAGGAUGGUAAGGACUAUAUCCCCCUGACGGCCAGUGACCAGGAGGGGGUCCUGGGCUCCGCUCACCCCAGAGGUGCCGUGGGCAGGCCACCUCGAGACGGCCCCACCGCUGGGCACCGCCACUAUGACAAUGCCCCAGCACCACUAGGGUACCCUCUACAGGGUGAUGAACAAGCCAUGUUUGAGGACAUUCCACUGGGGCACAGUCUAGUACGGGAUGGUGAGAUUGACAGGGGCAUGGGCCUAUCAGCAGAGGAGAUGAAAAGGCUGGACCCCCAUGGCAAUCAUCAUGUCACCUCACGCACACACCUGUUCAGCCCCAUCAUCCGUUGCAAGAGCAAAGAAUCGCUGGCAUCCGAAUCGUCCAACCAGACAAGUGGCUACCAGUCCGGGUACCACUCGGAUGACGCAGAGAACCCCAUCUAUGCCAACGAGGAGAUGAUCCUCAAGAGAGAGGCCAUGAGGCGGCCCCUGCCCGCCAAGCCCACGGAGAAGUUUAGCGUCGACGUGCGUUACAGCGCACCGCCUGUUUAGCAUCCAGAGUCGCUGGCAACGCAAUAUGUACAGGUAUAUGCAGCAAUAUUUCCAGCAGGACGGAACCAACAAAAGACUGUUCAAUUGUGAUGGCUUAAGUCUCAGUCACAAUCCUGGCCAAUCCUGCAUCUGGAAUGGUGAUUUACUUUUUUUGAUUGCAUCACUUUUGUCAGCAAUAAUACUGGAAAAAAAUCAGUGACAACAACGCCAUGCAAGUUUCUCUCGAGGAACGAUGUGCCUUUUUUUCUUUGUCUUCCACACACCUAACAUGCCUAAGCCACUGGAUCUUUCAAAACAAAAUGGAAGUGCCUAAGACCCUUUUUAAAAGCCUAGGAUCUCAAGAUCAGCCUGUCAACCACUGUAACCUGUCACAGAACUGUCGCCUGAUAUUAGCUUUUUGGACAUGAAGGACGAGAGAUUGUUCCACAGAAUAUAAUGGGGAUUCAGUUACAACUCAAAGUCAAGUCAAUGUCCUAUUAUCAUAAGCUAGACCACUGAUUCCCUUGGAUCCUCUUCAUCUGCUAGCAUUAUGCAUUUUGUUGAAUGUGGUGCGUUAAGAUGUUCAAUACCAGCCUUUUGAUGUUAAAGCAACACUCAGCAGGUUUUGUCUUGAGUCAUCCUGCUUGUUGGAACUUGGAAGGUUUUUAUGAAUUAUGUGAAACUCAUGACUUAUGGUUUAUGGGAAACUUAUGGGAAAUUCUUGAGCAAUAAGCCACUAGAGGCUGUGGGUUCAGAACGGCUAAAGGGGCUGCCUGCAGCACAGGGCAAAGGGGAUUGAAUCAGCCAAUCAUAAUUAAGAACCAAACACAAAGUUUUAGAUAGUGCCUUUCACCCCACCAAAGUUGAUGACUUUGGAAACUCCAUUUGAAGGUCAAAAAAAUACUUAGUGCCGCUUUAAAUAUCAGCCCUCCAGUCUCCCCCUCAAGUCUGCCACCUGAGCACCAGCUUCUUUGAACUCCCAAGAUUUUGGCGCCAACACUGCCAUUUUGUCACGACAACUUUGUCCUGUCGCCCUCAGCCUCUUUUGUUUCUCUGUUUUGAGAAGAAGUACAUGAAAUAUUCUACUACUACAUGGCAGAGGAGAUUGUGAAUUUCAAGUGCAUUAGCAUUUUUUUGAUCAAUUCUUUUUCUUUCUUGCCAAUACCAGUCAUUGCUUUUUGUGU